GUUAGACCAAUUGUACAGGAUUUCUCCAUCCAUCGGUUAUUUCAUUGCCACCGUCUCUUAGCAUAUGAAACUCACUCCCACCUGUAUAUAGAUUCGCCAUUAAUUAGUCCUUAAGCUUCUUUCUCCUCUUCUAACCGCGAAGUUCUAAUUAGGCGCUGUAGGAAGAAAAGGGGAUGCUUUCUUAGCUCCUGCGACCUUCGUCUCUAGGGUUUGUAUCUUUUGGGGCAGAGAGAGGGAAAUGGACCCAACAGCUCAGCCGGCAGACACGGACAUGUCGGAGGCCGGUCAACCGCGUCAGCAGGCUGCUGUGACGCAGCCGCCGGGCCUCGAGAGCAUACAGGCCACUCUAAGCCAUGGCGGACGAUUCAUACAGUACAAUAUAUUCGGGAACGUCUUCGAGGUCACUUCUAAGUACAAGCCGCCUAUUAUGCCCAUCGGGAAGGGCGCUUACGGAAUCGUAUGCUCGGCGUUCAAUUCUGAGACGGGGGAGCAGGUGGCUAUCAAGAAGAUUGCCAAUGCUUUUGAUAAUAAGAUAGAUGCGAAGAGGACGCUGCGGGAGAUUAAGCUGCUUCGUCAUAUGGAUCAUGAAAAUGUUGUUGCAAUCAGAGAUAUAAUACCAGCACCAAGAAGGGAGGCAUUCAAUGAUGUAUACAUUGCUUAUGAACUUAUGGACACUGAUCUCCAUCAGAUAAUUCGUUCAAAUCAGUCUCUGUCAGAGGAGCACUGUCAGUAUUUCCUAUAUCAGAUCCUUCGUGGACUAAAAUACAUACAUUCAGCUAGUGUUCUUCAUAGAGAUUUGAAGCCCAGCAACCUUCUACUGAAUGCUAACUGUGAUUUGAAAAUAUGCGACUUUGGAUUGGCUCGCACUACAUCAGAAACUGAUUUCAUGACGGAGUAUGUUGUUACAAGAUGGUACCGUGCACCAGAGCUUUUGUUAAAUUCUUCAGAGUACACAACAGCAAUUGACAUGUGGUCGGUUGGCUGCAUUUUUAUGGAGCUAAUGGACCGCAAGCCCUUAUUUCCAGGACGAGACCACGUACAUCAGUUACGCCUUUUGAUGGAGCUCAUAGGAACUCCUGAUGAAGCUGAUCUGGGGCAUGUAAAUGAGAACGCGAGAAGAUACCUUAAUCAGCUUCCUCACCAUAGACCUCAAUCAUUUCCUGAAAAAUUUCCUCGUGUUCAUCCUCAAGCUAUUGACCUUAUUGAAAAAAUGUUGACAUUUGAUCCUAGAAAGAGACUUACUGUUGAAGAAGCCCUGGAGCAUCCUUAUCUGGCUUCCUUGCAUGACAUCAGCGACGAGCCAGUCUGCAUGAUGCCUUUCAGCUUUGACUUCGAGCAGCAUGCUUUGUCGGAGGAGCAGAUGAAGGAGCUAAUAUACCGUGAGGCCCUUGCCUUUAACCCCGAGUAUCAAAUGAUUUAAGAUUUUUGUUUUCUGCUUCAGACGUGCUCCAUUUUUUCAUCAUUUUUGUUCUUUUCUAGCUUGUUCCUGCUUGGUUCUCUGUGUUUUUGUAGUCUGCGGUUCAUCCAUGUAUAUAUAGUUUAUUUAAGAACUUUGUUUUUGUUACAUUUGUCUGUGAAAUCUAAAUGGAUGGAAUUUGUUAUGG